UGACAAAGCAAGAGAAGCAAAAUGUGAGUGAGACUGAAAAUCAAACAAAGAUAUCGUCUCUGUUUCCACACAACUUGAUUGAAAGUUUGGAAAGUCUACAAAUAUUUUUCAUAGGUAAGUGUGAUUCAUUGGAAGUGAUAUUUGAACUUGAGGGACUAAAUGCUGAAGAAAGCAAUAUCUUCAACAAUUUGACAAGUUUGUCGUUAGAGUAUUUACCGAAGUUGUUGCAUAUAUGGAAGAAAGGCCCACGAGAAAUUAAGGGAUUCAAUUACUUGAGACAUCUAGAAGUAUCUAAAUGUCAUAGUUUGAAAUGUUUAUUCACACCAUCCAUAGCAAAACUUCUUGUGAAAUUAGAGGAGAUAAAAGUCUAUGAAUGCAAUGAAAUGGAAGAAAUCCUUGCAAAAGAAUCGGAAGAUGAAGAUAAUAGAGAUGUGAUUGCAUUUCCUCUAGUGAAGACCCUCUGGCUCUGGGAUUUACAAAAGUUGCAAUGUUUUUACAUCGAAGAUAAUCAUGAUUUUGAAUGGCCAUCUAUGGGAGAAAUAUUCAUAUCUGAAUGCCCCAAAUUAAAAAUGUUUGUUUCAACAAGUACAAAAACACCUAAGCUAGGGGGAGUGCGUAUGGGAUACAAAGUUUUUCAACCGAUGGUAGGAGACCUCAAUGCCACCAUACAACACAUUAUCAAGCAAAAGAAUCUGAUUUCAGGCCCCGCUUAUCAAUAUCUUGGCUACCAGUCUGUCGUAGAUCCCAUCUCUACAAGGUACUACUCAGAACACCCUUUGUAGCUGGUCGACAUUGCUGAAACUCUUUGAAAACUGUGUUUUGUGAGGCUAUUAUGUGUAGUUGGAAUUGCAGAGUUUAUGUGGAUGGUUUUUGUAACUUAGUAUGAUAGAUCUGGAUUUUUUUAUUUAGCAUAAAAGAUGUGUGUAUUGUACGAAUUGGGUUGUAAUCUUGGGGUUUCUUUUUGUGCUACUGUUAUGUGUUGUUGACUUGAGCACAAGUAUGUUGCUAGACAUGGUAAUUUCUUGUUGGAAGUGCAUAUUUGUGUAGGUGUUUUCU